AUGCAGAGCCUGCGCUGCUACAGUGACUACACCUCCCAGACGACCUGCACGUGGCAGGAAUGCACAGCGGCACGUCGCUUCCUCAAUAUGACUCUUCACCAUGAGGACACUAGAGGCAACUCCUCCUCACCCUCUUUCUCUGCACGUGGGAGAAGCACACAGAUCCCAUGUGAGCUUCAGAGAGCCGAGGAGUUGCCGAUCUGCCAGGACUCCUGUGUCUGCUGGAGCUGCCACAGGAACAGCAUCGUUUUUGCAAUUGGAAUGCACGACAGAUACACUUUCAAACCCGAUCGGUUGCUGCAGGCCGAGCUGAACAUCAACCUCUCCCAGAAUGUCCAGACCCUCCCACCUCAGAAGCGCUGGAUCAAUGUCACGGAAGCAGCUGGAGGGAGAAGGGCAGCUGGUGUUUUCCCUAAUGCACUGGAGCUUGACAUGGAAUCCUGGGAGAAAUCUUCCUCUGUGUCAGUCACACGCUCCUCCCACGGCCUGCUGAGGUGUGAUGGCCUUGUGCCGAGCAGCAACUAUAUAGCUCGUGUGCCAUUCAAGCCAAGCCAGGGUGCUGGUUGGUCUGGGCAGUCCAGCAAAUGGAGCACUGCCGUGUCCUGGAAGUCUCAGGAAGGGGAUGAGGCUCAGCCCAAGAACCUUCGCUGCCUCUUCAAUGGGGUUGAUCGGCUAACGUGCAGCUGGGAAGUGAGGAGAGAGGUCACCAGCUCUGUCUUGUUCACGCUCUUCUACAGAACCCCACCGGCAUCAGAAGAGACAGAAUGCUCUCCAGUCCACGAGGAGGAAUUGCCUGGCAGCCACUACCAGUUCCACAGCUGUGAGAUCAAUGUCACCAACCCCAGCAGGCUGAGCCAGUACCUCAUAACUGUACGGCCCAAGAAGGAGGAGAAACUGAUUACAGCCUACAAAAACAUCAAGCCACUUGCGCCUGUCAACGUGACAAUGACAAAGACAAAAGACCAGGAGUAUGAGUUGAGAUGGACAAAACAGAUCCUAAGCCACAUAGGCCAGAGAUAUGAAUUCUCAUAUUGGAAGACUGGUGACUCCUUGGAGAAUGCCCAGCUUGUAAACAUCAGCAAUGACAAGCCUCCCCUCAUCUUCACCCUGCAGAUGCUGGAGCCCUCCACACGCUAUAGGGGGAGAAUGCGGGCGAGGGUGCACUUGGGCUACUAUGAGGGGCCCUGGAGCGAGUGGAGUGAGGAGUGCACCUGGGAAACUGAGAGUGUCUGGUCACCACUGAUUCUCCCACUGCUGGUCCCAGUCUUCACCAUCAUGCUGAUAGCAUUUGGCUGGUGCAGUUAUAGAGGCUUACUCAGCAAGAAGAAAAAAUGGGAGGAAAAGAUUCCAAAUCCCAGCAAGAGUCAGCUGCUCCAGAGCUACCUCCAGAAAAUACAGCUCGGGAUUCCGCUGCCAAGCAGCCAGCUGGACUUUGGCAAGCAGAGCCCUUCCAAGAAGACAGACCUGGUCAGCUUCAUCCAAGUGCUGGAUGGACCGAUGAAAGUUAGUUCAGCAGAGCUCCCUGCAGCCAUGGCCGAUAGGAUGAUGUGCUUCCUUGGUGCACUGGACCCAGAGAACCCGUAUCAGACUCUUGAAAUGACAACUCCAGCUCCACAUCCGGCAGCCCCGGCUGGCUGCCAUUCAAGUCAGGGCACCAGUCAGUCCCUGUCGCCAGCCACGCUCCCCUGGAGGAGCAGUACUAAGGUCACUGCUUCUCAGGCACCCAUGUCCUGCUUUGACUUUAAUGGUCCAUACUUGAGCCUCCCCCAUGGGUGCUCCCUGCCUGACGUUCAUCAGGACUGGGAAGCUGCCCCACUGGGAACCAGGGAGAGGCUAGUGUCCCUGGAGUACGUGUCCCUACCCCAGGGGGCCCCUUCCCAGACCCUGCUGGUGGGGGAGGAGAGAGGAGCAGCUCAGCUUCACCCCGUCUCGCUUCCUGCUCAGAAAGAGAUGAAGCAGCCCCUUGCUGGAGGGCAAGAAGGGCCACAAGGCCAGCCAGCAGGUGGGGAAGUGGCGCAAGGGGACACUGAAGGUCAAAGGUCACCAAUUGCUGCCAUGUUAAACAACUCCUGUCAGAAAUGGCCAGUGGGAUACGUCACCACGGAAGGUUUGUCACUGAUGCCAGCAAGAGACUCUGCCCAUCUGUCCCCUGCACUGGCCCCACCAGAGGGGAUGCUCACUGCUGCUGCCGUGUUGACAUCCAACCCAUGAUGGCCCCAGGCCACAGAGGGCACCUCCAGCCCUGCACUGGGCCCUGAGACAACUUAUGUCGCAGUCCCAGUUCCAUCUCCAGCAUUAGCCACUCCCUCUGGAGCACACCAGCAUAUAUUUGGGAGUCACGUAACGUUUCUCCAGGCCCCACAUGGUACCUCACAACCCAUCAGUGUUUCCCUUCCUGUUCCUGACCCUUCCUGUCAGAGGGGGUUGAUACUUCUAAAGCAGAGCCUGUGAAUGAGAGUAACAUGGUCAUGUUCAACCCCAAUGACACUGGGCCAGUUUUUCUGCAUGAGAUGGAGGAAUACUGCUUCUUUCCUAGCCUCAAACCCACACACAGGCCAUUCAGCUCAUCAGAACUCUGAAGUGUGACGCUUACCUUGCAUUGCCACUAUGGAAAGGACAGGAACCAGCUGUCAGGGCCAGGGAACUCUGCUAACUCUGGAGAGGACUGGUGAAGACAAGAGAGCAGGUGAUUGGAUGAAAAUUCCACUGUUGGUGUCACUAGGCAUAAAUCUAGGUAACUCGGGAGGAUGGAAGACCACAAGUGUCAAUGAAGUCUUCUUGCUCUAGGCCUAUGUGAACUAAAGUACCUCCAUAUUAAGCGCUUCUGUUAGCCUUAUUAAACUUUUGUAACCUCCUGUGCUAUGUGCUGACUGCUAGCAGCUGCAAAGCCAGUUAGCCCUAGAUGCAGCCAAUACUAGAUAAGAUAGGCGGAAAGCAAAUGCUGUAAUCAAGGUUAUAUGCAUGAGAAAGUAGCCCACACAGUGGGAAAGUACAGAAAGAGAAAAACAAAGGGGGUAU